AUGAUUCCUCAGACUCAAAAGGCAGCGAUACUUCAAAAUCCAGGUCCAAACUUCACCUUCACAAUAAAUUCAAUUGAAGUCCCCACAAUCACCCCGCAACAAGUCCUCGUCCAACUCUCCGUUACAGGUCUCUGCGGCACUGAUCUCGCCCUUGCAAAUGGCCAUUUAGGUCCCACGCAACAAAUCCUUGGCCAUGAAGGAAUCGGCCACAUCAUUCAAGUUGGCUCGGCAUGCACGAGCCCACACGCUGUCCUAGGACAACAAGUGGGUGUAGGCUGGCUCCGAGAUGCGUGUGGUUCGUGUCGGAACUGUGCACGGGAUACGACAAGAUGUGAGACGCAGGUAUUUAGUGGUCGUGAUGUCUCUGGGACGUUGACUACUUACGUCGUUGUUCCUGAACGAUAUAUUACGCCAUUACCUGGUGGUGUACCUGUUGAGUUACUUGCGCCUGUGAUGUGUGCGGGUGUUACUGCUUAUAAGGCACUUAAGGUUGCUACUUUGUUACCUGGCUCGUGGGUUCUUGUUUCUGGUGCGGGGGGUGGGGUUGGGGCGUUGGUUGUUUCUUACGCAAAGGCUAUGGGGUAUCGGGUGGUUGGUGUGGACGGGGGUGAGAAGCGGGGAAAGGUUUGUAUGGAGGCCGGGGCGGAAGUUUAUCUUGAUUAUGAGAAGGGGGAUGUGAAGGAGGCUUUGUUGAAGAAGACUGGCAAGCUUUGUGGGGCUGCUAUCGUUUGUGCGGGGGUUAUUUCUGCUUAUGAAUCCGCGAUUGGAUGUUUGGACUACUUUGGGACUUUGGUUGCAGUUGGGAUUCCCCCGCCACAGUUGACGAUGUCGAUCCAUCCACUUACUUUGAUUGAUUACGGGAUUCGGAUGGUUGGGAGUAUUACUGGGGAUCGAACUGAUAUUGCCGAGGCGGCGGAGUUUGUACGUAGAGGGUUGGUAACACCGAAGAUUACUGUGGUUGAUCUGGCGGAUAUAGGGGAUUAUGUACAUCGGAUUGAUGCAUUGGAAGGAAAACUGGUGAUUCGCCUUUGA